CACACGCACAGUUCACAGAAGCGCACAUUUGCAUUGCGCUGGCGUACACAUUGUUAUUGUGUUAAUUGUGUACACUUGUAAGGACAAACGCUUUGAACAGCAUGAGGAAAAACAACCUGAUUCUCAUAUACUGAUGGUCGCCUCUGGAUUUUUAAAGUGUAACCCGCACAAUUAAGGCAGACCACAGAUAACUGCAGCUAUGUAAAUUGCUCGCGCACGGGAUCGGAAUUGUCUCGCGGAGAAACACAAGGAUCUCAUUUAUCACAAAACAUGAUGAUACAGCGGACGUACAGCUUAUAACCUUUGCUCAGCCCCAGAUGCCUCCACUUCCUCUUGACGAGCGCAUAGUGGUAAUUCAGCGCCCAAAAAGUUUGGCCUUGCGCGUGGCCUCCCCACCAACCACAUCACAGUCUUCCUCACACCGCCCAGCCACUCACAACGAGCCUCCACGCCGCCUACCACAACCCCAAUCCCCACCACCCCGUUCCCAUCCAGGUUCCAAGUACCUGUCCCUGGAAUGCAAGGGCAAACAAUCAUCCUAUGUUCAAAGAGAUAAAGGAGAACAAUGUGCUCCCUUUGAGGGCAGAAGGCACAAUGCUAGCCAUUGUCACAGCAAUGGGACAGUAACUUUAGGUCCCAGACCUCGCAAGCACACGCAUACCAUUGACAUUAAAGUGUCUUUGGACAACAGUGGAAGAGGAGGAUCUUACAUAGACAAAGGCCGUAGCAGUCUUACCCGAAGUGGAAGCAUCAAGGUGAACAGAACUAAACGGGUGUCCCUGCAAUUGGAUCCAGGGCAAGGUGAAAGGAAAUGCAAAGGAAAGUCUUCCGAAUCAGUGGAGAAGCACCAGAACCAUCAUCAGAGUCAAAACAGGACUCAACACAGUAGCCAUCAUCCAAGCCAACUUAAAGUCUCUCCUGGAGGGAUCUUGGAAUUUGUACCAGCGCAAAGACAACAGUCAAAAUCCAAGCCAACAAGAGAGAGAGACUUGUCCUCAAAGUCUUGCUCUGCAACUGCCAGCUACCCUCUGCACAGCGAGAGGAACGUAUCAUCUGUGGGCAACAAAGAGAACUCCAAACUGGGACCCGGCCACCAACUGCCACAGGCCCACAGUCUAUCCCGUCACCACAGUUCAGCCCCAUUACCCCAUGCUGCUAUCCUAAACCCUCACUAUCCUGCUGUACCACCCUCACUCCCUUCCCAAGCCCCUUCCUCCUACCAGCACAUCAGUCAACCCCGUCCCUCACACACUAGAGAACAUCGUCCCCAAAUUCUUCACACAUUGCCCCUCUCCCCUACUUCCUCCCAAGGAGGCUUCCCGAGUCCUGACCACACAUGUACAAUUGACUUUUCCCACCCAUGUGGCUGUUGGAGAUCGGUACGUUGUAGAAGAGGUAAAGGUCACUCGGCCGGCUGCCACGGUCAUAGUACAAGCCCAUCCUCUUCAUUUUCUCACACCCAAGGAACAAGUGCUGCCAGCAGAGGUGGCGGAACCAUGGGAUUGAAAACUUUAGGAGGGUGUCUGUCAACUGCUUCCACCACCAACACCUCCUCUUCCAACAGCACUGUCUCAGACUGUCGCACAGGGCUGUUCAGACCUUUGGGUUGUGCAUCCUGUUCUGGAGAAGCUGGAGGUUUUGAGAGUCCUGCUGGUUUCCGUAAGAAACUGGUUGGGGGUUGUUUACCUUGUACUCCCCUGUCGUCAUCUGCACCUCUUCGAGCACUCCAGAGUUGCGUCAGUGGGUGCAAUCCCAAAGCAAGCCAAACUGGCAGCUCCACAUGCAGUUACUGCAGUAGUGACCCCAUUGUAGUGACCUUUAACCCACACAGAGGAAAUCCUCCCAACAUGGGGCGUAAUAUUGGUGCACAUACCAUGGGAGGAUACCAACCUGAUGAUGACGAUUACAGUGUACGCACAAUUUGGCCAGAGGAGCUAGCAAAGAAGAUGACUCACUCUAAAACCCAAUCUAUCCACCACAAUACAAGUAUUGGAAUGGGCUCAGGGAGAACCUGCAUGGGCCACAACCAGAAUAGUGGCAAUGGUGGCAAUCCUGUAAUCCUUGACUGCCGGAACCUAAUGGAGUUCACUCGUUCCCAGUUGACAGAUCAGGCAGGACGACGGAGGCUCCAGCAAGGCAAGAUGGCAGUUUUGGACUUUAUUGGAUCAGGGAAUAGUGGGGACCAGGGUAGAGAUUCCCUCAAGCGCCUUUGGAACAAAGGAGCAGAUGCUUGCAUGGGGGAUGGCAACGGGUUUGAUGACGAAGUGCUUCCACAAUCCCCAUCCCUUCGCUCUCCAUCUCCAGAUUCCCCUACAUCAUUCUCACCCCCAUCCUCUGCUCCUAGCACGCUUAAUAAGCCCAAACCCAAACAGCGAGAAAGGGAGGUUGGACACACCUUACCAUCUACACAGUCGCUUCAUUUGGUCCUCAACUCACUCAACAGAGAACAAGAUGAGGAAAAUGGACGAGUGCACCUUUCCCUCCCCCUUUCUUCAUCCCUCCCAGCAUCACUAUCUGAGGAAAGUGUUAUGACCCCAGAUGUGGAGAAUGCUGUGAUUAGCCCCAUCCUCCCUUUCCUUUUCCUGGGCAAUGAGAGAGAUGCACAGGAUUUGGAUCUACUGCUUCGUCUCAACAUUGGCUUUGUGGUCAAUGUCACAACCCAUCUUCCCCUCUACCACCUGGACACAGGAUUGGUGCAUUACAAAAGGCUUCCAGCUACUGACAACAGCAAGCAGAACCUGCGACAGUAUUUUGAAGAGGUUUUUGAGUUUAUCGAGGAAGCUCACCAGUGUGGACGUGGUGUUCUUGUGCACUGCCAAGCAGGUGUGUCCCGCUCGGCUACUAUAGUCAUUGCUUACCUGAUGAAGCACACCCUCAUGACCAUGACUGAUGCCUAUAAGUAUGUUCGGGGCCGACGGCCAAUAGUCUCUCCCAACCUCAACUUCAUGGGCCAGCUGCUAGAGUUUGAGAGAGACCUCAACUCUGGGGUAACACCUCGCAUCCUCACCCCCAAACUGAGUGGCCUGGAAACACAAGUUUAAAAGGAUGGUGCAAGAAAGAAAUUUGUGGGAAAACGAGCGGGGAGAAGGAGAUAAAUAAAAGAUGGAAUUGGUGGAAAUAAAAUAGAUGGAUAAAAAAUUUUGGGGAUAAGAAUUAAGCAAACAGUUAAAAUUGAGGAUUUCGAGAGAGAGAUGACAGAAUUAACUAGAUGAUGAAAGCAGUCUAAAAGAAAUAGAGGAAACCGUCUUGGUCUAUUUUAAUUGAAGUACCUCAACUCUUUCUGUUUCAUACCAAUAGCACUUAUAUGACGACUGGUAAAUGGAUAUUUGUGCUACCCACUCUGAUACUCUGUUAAUUAUGUACUAUUAUCGAGCUUGGUUAACUGCAAAGGCUGUAUAAAAGUGUUUGGGAGGAAACAAAUGCAAUCAAAGAACUCUGGCUGUCACAGAAAAAGAUCAGAUGUUUUGAGACUCUCAGAACAGUGACAUGCAUCACAUUUGAGACCCAAGAGCUGUAGCAAACUUCAAACUCCUUUUCCACUGUGCACAGAACUUUUCUAGACAGAUUAUUUUUUUGAUUUGGGAGAUCAUUUGAAGGCCCUUUUGGGUUACUUUGCGUUAGCUGCCAACUAUUUAUAAAUUUCUCCACUGACACGAGGAUUCAUCUUGCCUUUGAAUUUUUUUUGAUACUGCUAUUUUUGUUACUUGUUUUACAUCUUGCAUUCUUUAUCUUAGUGUCUUUGUGCGGGAGGUGUGCAAUAGUGUUGACCUGGGAAGCAGAACGGAUUUAUUUUCACUUGGACAUUGUUUCACUAAUAGACUUUUUUUUUAUGGGACAUAAACCAGCCAUUCUAAUGGCAAAUAUAAUCCAAAAAUCAUAUAUUUCUUUUUUAUUUCCUGCUUAUGAUAUUGAACAGAGGGCAAUUUUUUAUAAAGCACUGUGUAAUGAAAACAUUUGUUAAUAGCAAAAGUGGGUAAUAGACUAUUGUGCUCCAAAUGGUGAGGAGAAAGAUCUGGUGGAACUGAAUUUAACCUUUUAAUAAGGAAUAUGUACACUGUUUAUUACUGUGCAAAAUUACUGUGACUGGAGCAGAUUGGGCUGAGUCUUAAGUAUAAUUUGAAUUUAAAAUUCAAAAUUGCACAUCAAGGUUACCAAUUAAAUAUUUAUAGUUUAUGCAAAAUCAGCAUGAAAGUUCCAAGGUGAUAGUGUGCAGGUGUUUUCUGUCAUUUGCAUUUCUGUCAUAGUCAGUUCAUUACAUACGAUAAAUGAACACUAUUAUCAGCUUUAAUGCCUGCCCUGUUUUUUAAAACAGCCUGCCUAAUUUGCCCAUGAUCAGAUUUAUGUGCUUUCAGGACUGUAGGCAAAAAAUCUGGUUUUAUAUUAGCUACCACAAAGGAAACCAGAGCCCCUUCCUCUUCCUUAAAUUUCCUACCUUUUUCUUUCUUUUUUCCCUUUAAGAGACUAUGCAUUAUUAUGGGAAUACAUUCUGUGAAAAAAGACUUGGUUCACUCAGUUCACUGUGAAACAUUCUUCUUCCUGCAUAUUGUGAAGUUCUCAGCCUUGGUCCUUGAAGCCGCCUCUCAUCAGUUUUGACAAGCAAGGAGUUUGUCUGCUGUCUCUGAGCUCUUAUCUGCCUCACUAAGCCAUUGGGCCUUCACACACCACUGCUGAGUCUCCGUUAAUGUGCUCUGCCCAGCAACAUAUGACAAAAUAUACUAUUCUGCAUUUCAGCCCCCCCCCAGCCCCUCUCGACUUCUACCUAAAGUGUAGACAUGUGAAGGUGUAAAGUGUAGACAUGUGAAGGUGUUUUCUUACAGGUAGAAGACCACAUAAUGUCCUUAAACUUUAACAUAUGUCUGAUUUAUCUAUUUAGUUCAGAAGUUUGAAUUUAAUUUGAACUGACCACAUGCCACAGCAUAUUGAACUGAAAUGACGUGAAGAGGAAUUUAAAGAAAUUCAACACACAGUUACAUAACCCCCAUGUCUAGAAUCCAUGAAACGUUAGAUGUGUAUGUACACACAAUACCAUACACAAUACUUUCAAUACUAAUUCUUUAAAUAUGAAUUACAAUUCUACUUUUUGCUACCUCAGUUAAAAAUUUCAGGACUUGAAUUGGAAUUUAAAAGGCAUUCUCAGUUCUGUCAUAUGAAUGCCACACAACCCUACUAAAUGUGGACACUGCUGAAUAGCAUUUAGACUAACAAUAUGUAUUUUUAAAACUUGGAUUAUUUCUACUUCAGAGCAUAAUUGCUAAACGGAUCCUUUGGUAUCUGACAGUACCUUCUUCGAGUUGGUGUACCGUUUUAUUAAAUCGGAUAGUUGCGCCCCUCCCCCCUACAAGUCUGCUUAAGUAAAUGUAUAAAGUGUGUUUUACGAGAAAACAGAUGCCGGAGAUGCCUUUUGGUAAAAUAACCGUCUUCCGCGUCAAUGUAGCACCUAUCAACAGAAAGAAAUAGCAGCACUUGGAAGUUUUGUUAUCGUUUGGAUUUGUUUUGCUCUGUUAUAUCUGUUUGCUGCACAAAAGUUUGCUUCUGUGUGUGGACGCGAGAAGUCAGUCUUUGUGUUUUCUGUGUGCUCGAGACAUAAGAGACUGCCCAUAGGCACAACUCAAGCUUCACUGUAAGCUUGCAUCUUGUCAAUGCCAAUAGCCACUGCUAUAUGCCUCCUUUACCCUGGAUUUUCUCUUCUGGGCACUGGGGGGAAAUUUACCUCUUUGCACAUUCAAUCAUACAUGUAGAAAAAAUAUUGCGUAGGCCUACCAGAAUCACCUGGCAACACUGAAUGAAUAGCGCUGGACAUCACAGACCUGGUGAAUUGCUGUUGGCUGUCCGCAUCUUGAGUGUCUCAUUCUAUGAAACCUGAAUUUGUUUAGAAAAUAUGUGCAAGUCAUUGAAACCGGAUAUGACCAGUAUUUCCUGUGUUGAAUAAUCUUAUAUACAAUAUAUGGUUUGCACAUAGAAAUGAACUAAAUGUAAAGUUUUGUGUAGAAUUUAUUUGAACAUGUAAAUUUGUGAAUGGAUUCUUUCUGUGACUUUAUUCAUGUAUGUAAUGCUUGUUCUUUUUUAAAUUAUUAUUAUUGUUGUUAUCAUUUUUUUUUGUGCCAAAUGCUGAAAAGAAGGUUUUGACUAAAAAGAAUUGCCCUCCAGGAAAGAAGAUGUUUGAACUGCUCAGUUAUCAGUGAUUUCCCUUGUUCCCCAGGCAAUAUGUUGAUGUCAUACUCUGUUACUUUAACUGUACACUUUACCUGCCGAUUUCUUACCCUCUAAACUGCUAAAUUGCUCAUUGAAGAUGUUAUAUUUUCAUAUGUUGAUAUGUUUUUUUUGUUCAUGGCAAUUUUAUCAGUGACUCUUUGGAUAGAGGUUUAUAGCUAUCCCUCAAGGGUUGUACUUUGAUGUACUUUGAAUGCAUGUUGCUCUAAACUGACCUUUCGGACUUCUCUCCCCUUCCUACUGACUCAAAUGUUCUCCCCUUUGAGAAUUCAGUGCCCACGCUGCUUCAGAGAGAAGACGGACAAGGCAGCCAGUGUUGGUUUGACCAUAUACUUGUGUGUACUUCAGUUUAAUCACUGACAAAUGAUGGGGCUUCGUCCUUUUCCUGUUUAAAACUUGACUGUGAGAGACUGUGAUACUGUUGUGAAGCAAAAUUAUUAAAAGUGUUAGGCUGAACCCUGCCGGUAAUGACUGAAAAAAAGAACCUCUCAAAAAUUGGCUUGUGAUAUAAUUGUUCAUUGAUAUGAUGUUCGCGAAAAGUUAAAAUGACUUGUUGAAAUAAAAUUUUUUUUUUA